CUUAACAGUACUUUGCAGAUCAGUAAAGUACAUUAACAGAUUGAGCAAUAUACUUGGGUAUAGGAAUAUGAUGUAUUGGUGGAAGUACACAGCUUGAUGCACACAUAUAUUCAUAUACGUAUAGCCUGAUUAUCAGGCACACUACAAAAGAGUAUGUUCUUAAUUAACAAGUCAGUGAGAAGUUCACAUUGACAUUAACACAGACAAAUGGUGUGAUCAGUUUUUAAACAUCAUGGAGACUGAAUACAAAGACACAGACAAUGCAAGUGAGGAAGACAUGCAGGAAAGACAGAUCAUCAAGGACAAUAAGAAGACAGAUGGGGAUGCCCCUGAUGGAGGUUGGGGGUGGGUUAUUGUUGCUGCCUGCUGGGGAAUAAACUGUUUGGUAGGGGGGCUCAGCAAGGCAUUUGGUGUUAUCUACCUAGAAAUGCUGAGGAGAUUUCAUCAAGGUGCAGCCACUACAGCUUGGAUUGGAGGUCUAAUGAUAGCCUUCAGGAUGGGCCUGGGAUUUGUUGGAACAUCUCUGAGCCAUCACUUCACAACAAGGAGUAUGAUUAUGUUUGGGGGAGCAAUGAUGGGAAUUGGAGUGAUCACCACUGCAUUUGCUCAAAAUAUUGGCCAUGCUUAUCUCACUCUUGGUAUAAUUACUGGUAUUGGGGGAGGACUGUUAUAUGCACCAAGCCUUGCUAGCGUAAAUGAAUAUUUUGAUUUGAAACGUGGAAAAGCUAAUGGUAUAGCAACAUCUGGUUCUGGGUGUGGAAGUUUUCUUUUUCCUCCUUUACUUGGAGUGCUGUUUGGAACCUAUGGCUAUUUUGGUGCUAUAUUGAUCCUGGGUGCUUUUUUAUUGAAUGCUUGUGUUCUUGGUGCCCUAUUUCGACCACUUAAAAGACAACUUAAAGAGGUAGUGCUAGUAGAAAAGAAGAAAAAACAUGAUGUACAUGAGCCUGUUGUUGGUGAACUCUAUGAUGUUUCCCCUUGUAUUAACAUUGACAAGCAUGAAGCACAAGAGGAGGAAACCAAAAUGCUUCCAAGUACAUCUAAUCCAUCUGUUCUUAACAGAGUGAAUUACCAACAUGAUAUAAUAAUGAUAACUUCCAAAGAAGAUGGACUUGGUAAUAAGCCACAAAGCUGUUGCAGUAAUAAACCCAGAACAUUUCUAAACAAUUGUUUUUGGAAAAUUAAGAAUUUCAAAAUCAUACACAAUUGGAGUUUUAUAAUUUAUGGUAUUGUCACAUUAUUAAACAGUAUUGGUUACGAUACGUCACUGAUGUUCAUUCCAGCUUUGGGCAAAGAACGUAAUGUAUCUGAACUGAAGGCGGCAUUCCUUAUAUCAGCAGUAGGUAUUUGUGACACAGUUGGGCGUGUCAGCUCUGGAAUAUUGUUUGAUGUACCUGGAGUUAAACGCUUCAGACAGAGAAUUUACUGUCUUUCUAUGCUACUGUCUGGUAUCUUAGCAAUACUCUGGCCAAUUUGUACAGAAUACACACAAUUGUUGGUAUUUUCAACACUAUUUGGGCUGAUAACAAGUCCUAUCAACAGCCAAAGAAUGACAAUAGCAGGAGAUCUAGUUCCUAAAGAGGAUUUGUACCAUGCAGUCGGGUUAACAGCCUUCUUCCAAGGAGUUGGAAUAAUGUUGGGUCCAUUGUUGGGAGGAGUGUUAAAGGACGCGCUUGGAUCAUAUAACUACGCAUUCUACCUACAAGGUGUGGCAUUUAUAUUAGGCUCAGUGCUACUCAUUUUGACUGUUUGCAAUAAUCAAGAAAGGAGGACUUGGUGCUGUGAAAGAAAAUAAUUAGAAGCAUUCACCUUUUGCCCAGUUGACUUUCUUCUAACAUAUCAUCAGUAACUCACACAGAAUUAUCUAAUUUUGUCUAAUGACAUGUGGCAAUUGUGGCAAUGUUUACAGGAGCAGAUGGAUUUAAAAAAAAUUGAUUUUUUAAAUAUUUUACCUCGAAUACUCAGUAUGCUGUGGACAGUAUAAUACUUAUCACAGAAGUGUACUUAAAAUAAAUUGAAAUGUUAAAACUAACUUAAAGUACAUGUAUUUUAUAUUACAUUAUUAAUUUAAUGUAAAAAACAUAAACAAUG